CUGUGCGCAUCAGCUGUUUUGAUGUUUUACACAAUGCGGUUGCAUGAAUAAAAAAACUGCAAAUUGUUUGACAUUAAGUGAAUAAUAUUAAGCCGUAAGUUACAAGUGAAAUUUGUACUCCAAUAGAAACUUCAUACAGUCAUAAUGGAUAUCGACAAUACUCUACUGCUGCCGAAUAGCGAGCACAAAUCUGACAUAAAGACUCCAUUUCUAAUUGGUGUGGCUGGUGGAACUGCCAGUGGAAAAUCAACAGUAUGCAAAAAAAUCAUGAUACAACUAGGCCAAGCCGACAUGGAUCAGGCGCAACGACAAGUUGUCUCCAUAAGUCAAGAUAGCUUCUAUCGUGAGCUAACGCCCGCUGAAAAAGCCAAAGCGAAGAAGGGCCUCUUCAAUUUCGAUCAUCCUGAUGCAUUCAAUGAAAAUUUGAUGUAUGACACGUUGCAGGAAAUAUUGAAGGGCAGAAUAGUGAAAGUGCCCUGCUAUGAUUAUCGCUCAAAUUCGCUUGAUCAUGAGAAUAAGCUAACAAUUUAUCCGGCUGAUGUGGUAUUAUUCGAGGGCAUACUCGUAUUUUACUUUCCUAAAAUACGCGACCUCUUUCACAUGAAACUCUUCGUUGAUACGGAUUCUGAUACGCGUUUGGCGCGCAGAGUGCCGCGUGAUAUCAACGAGCGUGGGCGUGAUUUGGACGCAGUGCUGACUCAGUAUAUGACAUUCGUCAAGCCUGCCUUUGAAGAGUUUUGCUCACCGACUAAAAAAUUUGCAGAUGUUAUAAUACCGCGCGGUGCUGAUAACACGGUGGCCAUUGAUCUGAUUGUCCAGCAUAUAGCCGACUUUCUCAACAAUCGUUCGCGUUACGGCUCGUCAACCAGCAUCGCAACGAAUUGCACGAACGUGGACCAUGAGCAUGGCAAUUUCAACGGUAUUGGAUUUAGAGGUACUGCUACUGCUGCCAGUGGCGGCGGAGGUAGGCCGGCUACUGCCGAUUGCACUGUGCGCUUAAUACCGCCCCCACGUACUAACAACAACAAGCACACCAAAGUAAAUAAUGCUGUGUCCUAUAUAAGACCGCAUUAAUGCCGUUGCAUAUAGUUUUAACAAAAACAAAAACAUUAUUAACCAAAGUACGCUGCUGGCUACUAAAGAAGACAAUGUGAUAACAAUUUUGCUUGAAUUCUGCUCAUUAACAAAUCCAAUCAAUACUUUGUUGCGUUUAAAGCGAAAAAAAUAUUUGUUGUAAAUUAAUAUGCACAUAUAUACAUAUGUUUGUAUAAUCAUACAUAUAUUAAUUAUGUAUAAAUAUUAAUUAUUCAUAAAUAUUAAAUUAUGUAUAAAGUUACUUUAUCAAUUACAAAAUAUAUUCAUAAGCACGAAGAUAUAUAAUAUUUAAAUGUUUUAAAAUACGCACGCUUUUGUUCAACCCACUGCAUAA